AUGCACAAAUUUGUGAAGAUAUAUGUGGUGGAUUCAGACCGGGGGCUGCAUAGUAUGGAUGUCAGUUUUAACAAUGUGCUGGAAGGGACAGUGCGCCAAUACUUUAUGGGAUUACCAAAGCCGGCACAAGAGAGUACCGGUCAACAAAUGUGGCCUUCGGGAGCAUCAACCGAGGAAGGAACCCCUGCGCUUUCGGGGGCUCCGACUCCAAGUUCACGGCCACCUUCCGCUGCCGCUGCACCGCCAUUAACGGCUGCGCCCACGAUAAUCGCUGUGCCCCCACGACCACCAUCGGAGCCACUUGAACCAGAACCACAUAUCAUUCACAAAGCUACAGUUAUGCGUGAAGCAGCAGAAAAACGAAGAGAGCGAAACGAGAUAGAGGAUGAGGAGGAGAACGUCGGAGGAUUGUCACCACCUUCGCAUAUAAUACGGAAGCCUUCUACUCACACCUUGCCAUCACCGGCACCGGCUUCGGCGGUGCCCAGUCCGUCCCCAGUUCGUCCACCUUCCGCCGUGUCCCACUUGUCCACGCCGGCAGCAGAACAAGCAGAUCCAUCCACUCAAUAUCGAGCGUCUAACCACAGGGUCCAAACGCCCAUUGGUAGACCCGCCGAAUUUGCGAAUAGUCGUCCUGCAGACCACCAUUCUAUAUCGCAUCCUUCAGAAACUUACACACGUUAUCAGUACGAGUCAAGUGUAGUUGAGAGUGGAAGAAAUUCACAUGGGCCACCAAUCGCCGUCCCUCAGGCUACAGCCCCCCGACAGAGUCCUCAAACAUAUGCAAGGAUAUCAAAUAAAACGCCUCAGCACGCUGUAAACCGUUUGACUGAAUCUUCUGCACAUCAUCUACAAGUACAGCGCUAUAAUGUACCAACACAAGUCGCAACUCCACAUAACGACAGGGUACCACCGAUUCAUCAUCCACAUUUACCAUCUACAAAAAGACUUACUCCGCUGGAAAGUCGGGCGGCGCAAGUAUAUUCAUCCUUACCACAACGACGAGAAACCGCGUCAUGUGUUCGACCAUCAUCACAAUAUGAAAGGCAAGCGGUUUUGCCGCAACGAAAAUAUGAUCCACAACAAGUAUACUCUGGAUAUCGACCCACGUCUGCUGGGCCACAACAUAUUCCAAAUAAUAGAGUGGAAUCACAUCACCAAGUACAAUAUAAACACACUCCCGUUGAUGUGGUCAGUCCACAUUACGCUAUUCGUCCUCAUGAUCGGGUUCAGGGAACAUCACAAAUGCAAAGUCAUGAUAUUGCUAGACUCCCGCCGCGCAUUGAUUACGUAGGAAAAAGUAGAUCUGUGGAGAGAAGUAACUAUCCCUAUGCUGCAGCAUCGACGUCCUCUGCUUCGUCAGUAAGAUAUGCACAGAAUGGAAAUAUUCCACCAGUUCAAAAUAACUCGACGGUGCAAUCUAGAUCGUCAUAUCGCAACGCAGUGGCUCCAAAGACGAACUAUGAUUUUGCAACAUCUAAUCAUGUUCAAAUAUCUCCAUCCCGCUCUACCGCUAAACCUGGUUACCCUAGUCAACAGGCCCGAAUGACAGUGUCAGUUACAUCUAUAGUAAAUCAAAUGAACCAAACUAAACAGAAACGAGAAUCACCUUUAGAUUUAUCGGUAAAAACGGUCAAAAAUUCGGCGGAUUCUUCGACCACCCAAGAUGAUGCAAUUGAUUCGGUUUCACUAAAAAAUGAUAAUCUUGCAUUGCAAAGUAGACCAACAUCAAGUACAAGAAAUGGUUCAGUUGGUUAUAUAGCAUCACAUAAAGUAGAUUUUUCACCUGAUUUUGCUCAAUAUAGGGAAAGAACAACAAGUCAGGGAUAUAAUUCACUGCCAAAUGUUCCUCCUCAAAUGCGUUACAACGGUGCAAAUGAUUCACCUCAGCCCGCUUACCCCGUAGAACCUCGGCACCAAGUGUACGCUGAUCGUAUUAAAUAUAACGGUUCAAUAGGUAGACCUGAUUAUGUUCCACGCAUAGAUCUUACGAGGCCAAAUGGUGAGGAUCGAUAUAACGAGAGUCGUAUGCGUGAUGAUAGACAUUUGAUCAUAGAAGAAAGAAAAAGACCAACUGGACCUAUCGUUAGUAACAUUCCCGAAAAAACCGUUCGAUAUGAGGCUUGGCCUCAGUCUGAUCGCAUGGAGCGAAUGAGUCAAUCAGCUCGCGAACAGCAUGAGCUUAUGAGUCGACCAGUGUACAGCUAUACUAGUCAUAAAAAAUUUGAAGCAUAUCAAAGUGAUCAUAAAAGAUCAAUAACAUCCAACGUGUACCGUGAACAACAUUCCGUUCACCACUAUCCUAUGAAUAUGUAUCCUGAAUCUGGUAACAGGGAGGCUAAUGAUUACCAUACUCACUAUCACGAAAGGAUGCCAAAUAAUCGUCAUAUUAUUCAGAAGAUUCCCAGUCAAACGCAUAGAGAUUUCCACCCCCACGUAAAUCAUAAUAAUAUACAUGCGCCAGAUAAAAAGAAAGUCUUGAGCAUAUUAAGGAAUAGCUUAGAAACCAAACAAACUGGAGUCUCAGAAACAUGUAAAUCAACAAAAGGCAUUCCUGAUCUCAUUGUUAUUGACGAUGUUGACGAUUCAGUAAUAGAAGUUACUGAUUUGACUAAAGAGGUUGAUGGCGAUAUAGCAACGAACUCGAGUCAUUUAAAUAUUGCAUGCCAGUCAGGUGCUAGUUUAGACUAUCACAUAAAAAUGCCUAAAGCAGUGGAUUCAUUGCCAAGAGAUUCAGACUAUCAGCGGUUUGAAAGUCGUGAUGCAAAAACACAUUCACCGGAGAAUGAUGUUGCUAGAAUAAGGACUAAGGCGGAACUUAAAGUUAUGCCCCCAAGUCACGAUAGUUCUUCUAAAAUGGAAAUGAAAGAAGAUCUAUUACUUUCCAAACAUGAAAAAUGUAAGCCUCUGCCUAAAUCACAAAAACAACAUCUUUUUAACCAAAUACGAGAAGAUAAUUUACGAUUGGAAUCUGUUAUUAAAAAUGAAAAGCCAAGUGACUCAGCUCCAGAAGUGAAAUCUGAGCCUAUGAAUAUUGAUGAAAUUGAAAAAGAUGCUAUGCUACAUAUCAAAUCUGAAACUAAUGAACCAAUAAUAAACUCUGGUAUAUUUCAAGCAAAAACUGAUAUUCCUGUGGAAGAAGUAGACAUGGAUUGGGCUAAUGCUUGCGAUAAUUUUAUGGAACAAUUAAAAGUUGGUUGUCACAAGAAAAAGUUAAUAAGGAAACGUAAUAGUACCUUAGAACCUCUGAGUGAAAAUAAAACUGAUCAUCUAGAAGAUGAUGAGACUUUUGGUUCGUCUCUCUAUCCAACUGAAUCUGAAAAAAGAGCCUCUUUUACAGAAUCAACUGUCAUUCAAAUUAAAAAAGAACCAGUUGAUGAAGAGGAACUGAAGUUAGAAAUUGAACAGUCAAAUAAAAAUGACUCUUCACUAAAAAACAAACAAAAGAGUAAACCAGAAAAAAGCAAAAACUUGAAAAAGAUCGAUAAAGACGAUAAACCACUUAAGUCAAGAUCUAAUCAAAAGGCUAAAAAUAAAUCUCUGAAUGAUGGCAAUUGUUCUUCGAAUAGCGCCUUAGUAAAAAAAGAAGCGGAAGAUGAAGUAGUAAUGAAGACCGUUAUUAAAGAGGAGUUAGAGUCUACUGAUGAUGAUGAACCUCUAAUUAAGAGCAAAAUAUUCAAACAAAAACAACUGGAACAAAGUGAUAACUUAAACUACCAAUUAUUAAAAGACUUAUCUGAAAAAUCUGCAUAUGUCAAACUAGAAUGCUGUGAUGAUCAAAUGACAAGUGCAAAAAAUUCUAUAGACACCACACCUAAAGAAGAAAAAGUAAAUAAAGCUAAGAAAACACGUCAAACAAAAUACAAAGGGAAAUCGUCUGAAAAUACGAAGAAAAUGAAAGUCUGCGACGAUUAUAGCUCGGAUAGUGACGAUACUUUAAGUGUAGCAAAUAGAUUAAGAGUCCGAAAAAAUGGUAAGACUGAUGAAGGUAAAACAAGCACAACUACACAAAAAUUAUGUGUCAAAUCUACACCUACCAAAAAGUUCGAUAGUUCCAGUGCCCAUAGUUCACCAAUGCGUAAGCCUGGUUUUGGUGACGGUUCUGAUUUUCAUCCGGGUUGGGAGGAAGAAUUAUAUAGAUAUAAGAGAUCUCUUCGCAUGCCUACGAGACUCAUUGCUAUACCAAGAGGGCGUUCUGGUGGACCGUUUGCUAAAGGAUGUAUGUCACAAUUUCAACGUGGUUCCACGUCUCUCCCUGAUUUAGAUCCCGUUCCUCUAUCUCCAGCCCCGUCAUCGGCACCAUCCGCCGCAACUGAUGAAUUAUAUAGGAGACCAGAUAAACUCAACUUGGACAGUGACCUUGAUUCCAAUUCAAGCUGUUCAGCUUUUAAUAAAUUACAGUAUGAUUCAGAAGCCUCAACCUCAACAGUUUUUUCUGCAACGAAAGCUAAUAAAAACAGAAGCUCUAUAGUCGACGUUCUAAUACAAAAAUGUGGUAAAAGAGAAGAAUCUAAAAAAAAGAAUAAGGAUAAAGAUGACAAAACACCGAAAGUUAUGGCAAAAUCUUCCAAUGCUGCAGAACUUUUACCAACGCCAAGCUUAGGACUUUUAAAAAAUGGAAAUAAGGGUAAUUUGAGCGCAAAGAAAGAAAAGUUUAUGGAGGAUAUUUUUUACUUAGGUGCUUUCAGAAAAGAAACUGUCAGUAUGUUUAGGACAGCAUUUAUUAAAGAGACUGACGGGCUUAUCGGUGCUACGGAAGAAUUUGCUCCGGUUGUUUUGAAGUCAAGAACACGUACUGAGAGUAGAGUAUUGAAGCAACGAGCUACUAUUAAAGAAAUUUUCGGUGAUGAUAGACCAGCUUCAGCUCCUCCGACGUCAUGUAGGGAAGAAUUGGCACUUGAAAAGGAGGAGGAACCGAGUGUCGUUAUUAAAAAAGAACCAGAUACUAAGAACAAUAUAAAACCGAAGAAAGUAAAGGACAAGAUGAAGCGGCGAUCUAGUUCAAUUAGAGAUGGAUUGAGGAGCACAAAAUCUUUGAAAACAAAUGAUGCUAAAGGAAGACUCAUGCGUUUGAAGAAAAGAAACAGUUUAAUGAAAAAUUUUGCUCAUAAACGAAGAAAAGACAUGACUAAUAAAUUAAAAAAAGAUGUAAGCUCUACAACCGAUGAAAAAGAUAAUAGCAAAGAAGAAACUACCUUACCGAUUGCGACCGAGAACACUACUAAAAGACGACUGAAACGUCUCUUUGGCAGGAGAAAAUUCAGUUCUGGUUUUGAUUACAUCAGAAAGAAGAAGAAGAUAAUAAGACGCGAAGAUAAUGCUCCAAAGAUACGUCGAGCUGCACCUAAACCUAGUCCAGAGUCCGUUCAUGACAUUCAAAAAGAAAUAAAAAGUUGGUUUAUCAACAAAAGUAUCGGAGAAACCCAUUUACAUCGCGCCGCGAGACUCGGUUUUACCGACUGUGUAGCGUAUUGCUUAGAGAAAAUGGAUUUGAACCCAUCAGCGAAAGACAAUGCAGGAUUCACGCCUUUACAUGUGGCUUCAGCUAGAGGUCACGUUAGAAUAGCCAGGUUACUCUUACAAUACGGUGCCAACGUUUCGGCCGCAGCACAGGGCGGAAUAAGACCGUUACACGAAGCGUGCGAGAAUAGCCAUGUUGAAAUUAUAAGAUUGCUACUAUCGUACGGCGCCGAUCCAUUACUAGGAACAUAUGCGGGACAAACUCCGGAAGAGCUAGCGGAAGGACAGUCAGCCAAACUGUUACAUCUUUAUAUAGCCGAUGUUCAAGGACGGGCCAUCGAGCCGUGGAAGUUUCCGACGCCCGCAGCAAUCAUAGAUCGUGAGGAGUUAGGUUGCGACCCGUUGUCAUCCCCUCCACCGGCCUCUCCGCCCCCCCCACAAGACACCACCAUCGAGAUACAAUGUACGGAGGCUCCUCUACCACCCUUCUACAGUUUACGAACAGCCACAGGCCAGCCGGCAGACGGGCUCUGGUGUCUGCUGCAGGAUAUCUCUAACGUACUACAGAUUAAAUCAAAGGAUAGUCUACUGAAACAGAUCCAUUGCGGGUCUGGGUCUCCGAGGGAGUUGCUUCGUGAGAUUCGUACCCAGGAGUUCCUUGAGCGAGCUCAGUGUCACCAGCUGCUGUGUGCGGGGGAGAAGGUCAACGUGCGAGCCUCAAAAGUCGCGCUAAUACGAGUCACUGACAAGCUGAGGCAACUGCUCAAGAUAGAAACCGUGCUCGUCAGCUGA